CCCCCGAUUUCAAUGUACUGUAAGAUGGUGGCUAGAAGGUGCCGCUGCAACACACUCUGAGGCUGAAAGAAAAGGGCAAGGCAUAUUCUCAACAAAUCAGAUCAGAGCUGAAAAAUAAACGCAGAAAGAAUUCAAGGUGCCUGCUUACACAAAACUUGGGCAGUUUGAAAGAUAACCAUUCCCCGCCCCCCUUGGUGUGAAUUUCCCUUGGAGAGGAAUCCCAGCUAUAGAGAGACAGGCCCCGCCGCACCCAUUGGCCGUACCGUAGGAUGUCCCGCAGCCCUGAGGUUAAGGACGACUCCAUGGAGUGCCCGCUGUGCAUGGAGCCCCUGGAGAUCGACGACGUCAACUUCUUCCCCUGCACCUGCGGCUACCAGAUCUGCCGCUUCUGCUGGCACCGUAUCCGCACCGACGAGAACGGGCUCUGCCCCGCCUGCCGAAAGCCUUACCCAGAAGACCCGGCGGUGUACAAGCCGCUGUCCCAGGAGGAGCUGCAGAGGAUAAAGAACGAGAAGAAGCAGAAGCAGAACGAGCGCAAGCAGAAGAUGACGGAGAACAGGAAGCACCUGGCCAGCGUGCGCGUGGUGCAGAGGAACCUAGUGUUCGUGGUGGGCCUGUCCCAGAGGCUGGCCGACCCCGAGGUGCUGAAGAGGCCGGAAUAUUUCGGGAAGUUUGGGAAAAUCCACAAAGUGGUGAUCAACAACAGCACAUCCUACGCCGGUUCACAGGGUCCUAGUGCCAGUGCCUAUGUCACGUACAUUCGGUCCGAAGACGCGCUCAGAGCUAUACAGUGCGUCAACAAUGUAGUAGUGGACGGAAGGACGCUUAAGGCCUCUUUAGGUACAACGAAAUACUGCAGCUACUUUCUGAAGAGCAUGCAGUGCCCCAAACCGGACUGCAUGUACCUGCACGAGCUGGGGGACGAGGCGGCCAGCUUCACUAAGGAGGAGAUGCAGGCGGGGAAGCACCAGGAGUAUGAGCAGAAGCUUUUACAGGAGCUCUACAAAAUGAACCCCAGCUUACUACAGACCUCAGCCGGGGGAGGGGAGAAGACCAAGGGCAAAUCAGGCUCUUCACAAAGGGCCAACAGCGGCGGCAAAGAGGCGUGGCCAUCGUUACAGGGCUCGGGGAAGACGGCCAAUGGGCUGGCCCCGGAGCACCGCAAGACGCCGCCGCUGCCGGACGGCUGCUCCGACUCGGAGCACAUGACCCCGGACGGGCCCGACGGCGAGCUGGGCCUGGGCCCCGGGGCCGCCCUCUCCCCCUUCUCCUCCAACUGCGACCCCGCCAGCCCCAGCGACAAACCGCCGGAAUCCAUAAGUAUAGGAAACGGCGAAAAUUUACAACAGAUCAGCAGCCGGGACUCCCCCUCGCCCCCCCCGGGGCUCCCCAGGCCCGCCCUGGUGGUCCCCAUCAGCGUGUCGGACCUGACGGCUCGGUCCCCGUUCGAGGGGGCGGCGGCCGAGUCCCAGUCGCUCUUCUCCGACAACAGCAACUUCCGGCACCCCAACCCCAUCCCCAGCGGCCUGCCCCCCUUCCCCAGCUCCCCCCAGGCCAGCUCUGAUUGGCCCACCGCCCCCGAGCCCCAGAGCCUCUUCACUUCAGACACCAUCCCCGUGUCGUCGUCCACAGACUGGCAGGCGGCGUUCGGGUUCGGCUCCUCCAAGCAGCAGGAGGACGACCUGGGGUUCGACCCGUUCGACAUCACGCGCAAGGCGCUGGCCGACCUGAUCGAGAAGGAGCUGUCGGUGCAGGACCAGGGCCCGCUGUCGCCCGGCGCGCUCCACAGUCCCCUGCACGGCCUCCCCGCCAAGGGCCUGCCCCGCUCCGGCCUCCCGCCCCCCAACGCCCACUUCCCAAACUCGGGCCUGCCCCCGCGCUUCUCCCAGCUCCAGCACCGGGCCGUCUUCAGCUCCUUCAGCUUCCCCGGCCAGCGCCCCCGCCACCCCUGGAUGGGGCUGCCCUCCCGAAACAACCUGGCGCACUUGAACCACGCGGCCAACGCCGCCUCAAAUAGCAAUUUCUUGGACUUGAGUUUGUCGGCACAGCACAGUACAGGGCUAGGAGGGAUACCCAUCACAGAAAACAGCGCUUCUGUAGAGAGUAUAAAUGUGAAAGAGUGGCAGGACGGACUGCGGGCCCUCCUGCCCAACAUCAACAUCAACUUCGGGGGCCUGCCAAACUCUUCUUCCUCCUCCUCCUCAUCCUCGUCAUCCAGCGUCAACCACACGGGGGCGCCGGGCCACCCCGGGGGGGUCUCGCACAGUUUAAGCUGGGACGGGACGGCCAGCUGGAUGGACCCCGCCAUUAUCACAGGUAUCCCGGCGUCCGCGCAGAACAGUCUGGAGUCCCUCCAGGACGAGAACCCGCCACACUGGCUCAAGUCACUGCAGGCGCUCACAGAGAUGGACGCUCCCGGCUCCACAGCCCCCCCCCAGCCCCCACACAGCGCCUCCUUCGGGGGCGCACAGAUUCCCCUCCACAGAGGCGGCUGGACCCCGUACACAGCGCCCCCCCCCCACCCCGCCGGCCCGUUCCACUCCCCCCCGCCCGGCUUCCAGACCGCCUUCAGACCUCCAGCCCAGACCCCCACAGACCUGCUACAGACCGCAGCCAUGGACCGCCACUAGGGGGCAGCGCCACUUACACAGGCCCAACCACAGACACCAAUCAGCAAUUACACAAACAAAUCUAUUAACAAAAUAAUAACAAAUAUAUAUUUUUGUCUUCUCAUUUCUGAUCUCUUUUUGUUUUUUUUUCCCCCUCGAUGCCCCGUUUUUUUUUUCUCCUCCUCCCCUUAUUCAUUUUGACCACGCCCCCCCCAGUCCAGCCCCAUGUCCUGGUCCUGUUGGAAUGUUGACCCUGGUUGCUUUUCCGCGAAAGCGUUUGGGAUUACCGCGAGGGCGUUUGGAUGAGAACAGGCACCUCUCCUCUGAGCCUAGCCAGACCCCCGGCCCUGCGAAAGGAGUGGACUGUAGGUUUAUUUUACUAACGGUCAGGUCCAGAUGUAGGCGCCUCCACAUGUUGUGCAAGAAUGGUGUGAAACAAAAAAAGAAACGGUUUGAAAUCAGGGUAAUUAAGCCAUCACGAAGUAAAGCUGCUCUUCCCGCGGUUCCCCUCUGUCCCGUCUGAGGGGCAGAGCUGCUUUUCGGGGAGCUGGGGGGGGGGGGGCUCCUGGAGCGCAGGAGGAAGGCGCUGGUUGUGGAGAGGUAAAAGCGCAGGACUCCUGCUCCUGGGAUCUCUGAUGAGGUUGGGGUUUUUUUUUUGUCCUGUUUCCUCGGUUACCAUGGAGAGCAGAGAGGACAGCGUUAGCUUGUAGGCUGUGACCCUACACUCGCCCACCCUCUCUCUCUCUAAGGCGGGGCUACAGCUUUGAAGAGCUGUACCUGUGCUGAUGCCGGGGGGGGGGGGGUGUGGCCUAAGACUAUGCCCUACCCUCAUCUUUGAGGGGGAGGGGUUUUUCUCUGCCUCUCGCCUCUCAGUGGAGAAAGCCUCUGCUUUUCUGUGUGGGGGGGGAGGAGACAGAGGCGCCCCCUUGUGGCAACACCAGUGAACCUCUGUAUCAGAGGACGGUGCACUGCCAGGCCAGGAGGGGGCGGGGCCAGGGAGCUCCAUGUGAGAGUAGGGGGGGGGAGACGCCGUGCGACCAUUUUUGCAGACGGGGUUCGCUACUGACUGGCGCCACCGUGUGGAGCCUAACGUAGCGCCCCCCUCUGCAGACACCCCCCCCCAAACAGCUGCUGUCCUGCACUGGGGCUCGUGGGUCCCCAAACCCAGGGGCGUGGCCCCAGAACGCAGCCCAAAACCUGCCAGAGUCCUCCGGCAGCCACUGAGAAAAGAUAGCAUUGAGACCCCCCCCCCGAAAAAUCCUGUGCCUCCCCCCCACCCCCCCUCGUCAGGACGGGAGGAACAGCAGCUCGUGUGCUUUCUAAAAUUGUUUUGAACAGACAUUCAAUCAGGAACGAAAGGCGGAGAGCUUCAAAGAGGGAUUCAAAGGGCAUUUUUGUUUUAUUGUCUGUUUUGGGGGGUGGGGGGGUCGGGGGAGGGGGUGGUUUGGCUCACGCUUGAGAAUGGACCUUUUUUUUUUUUUUUUUUUUUAAGGGCUGCUGGUGUAAUUGGUCCCUGCUCAUCAGAGCUGAGUUUGAGACGCGUGUGUCAGAAUCGCACAACUGUCGGGUGAAGCAGUCAACAAACCCAGUACUCAGCCUAGGAGCCACUGCCAUCAAACCCCCCAACCCCCAUAUCAAACCCCAGCCCCCUCCCACAACCCCCCACCCAUCAAACCCCACCUCCUCCCCGUCUUCUUUAUUUUAACGGUCUUAAUUCUCUCUCCACUGUGUAGGUUCUUGCCAGCUGUUUAGUAUUCCACAGUAUUCAAGAGAAAAUUGAAUUCAGAUAAACCAAUGCAGUUAACCAUGGGUUUUUACAAUGAUGCUAAAAACAAGUUUAAAAAUGAAAAGCUAAAUGAAUUGUACCUCUCUCUCUCUCUAUCUGCAGGUCUGGAAAAAAACUAAAAUAAAUAAAUAAAUAAAAGAGAAAACCUGA